AUGGUGGCGGCGUGAGGCAUGCCUGAUGUGUGCCGGUCAGACUCGCAGCGGUCUGACGCCUCCCAACGGCCGCGCGUCUCCUUCAACAGGGACGUGCACGUGAAGCGCAUCAGCACCGUCGCGGCGCCGCGCGUCCCUGGCGAGGGCGGCAGCUUGCGGCUGCCCGUGCGGCGUCGACUGUCGCGUCGCGAGGGCGCGGCCGAGGCGCGGCGCGCGCUCCAGCAGGCGGACGCCGUGCACUGCUCGGCCAGCGUAGACCUCGGCGACGGCUUCCGCUCGCUGCGCCUGCCCGGCCGCGGCCGCAGGGCCAGGGGGCUCGCCGCAGACGGCGGCGGACCCGCGCAGCCGCUCUCCGCCAGCCUCACUGACCUCUCCGCAGAGCCCGAGAGGCCCAAGCGGCGCAAGGAGGCAGCAGGAGCGACCGGGGCCCGCGGCGGCUCGAAGCUCAAGCGCAGCCAGAGCGAACGGUCCUCGGAGCGUCCGCGCAGGGACCCUAUCUCCGCCGCGUUCCACUCGCUGGAGCGAAAGCGCCACAAGAGCAGGGCGCAGCCCGAGGGCGGCAAGCAGCACGAGCCGCAGCCGGCCGAGCCGGCGCCCGUCUCGCCGCCCAGGAGGCGCCACCACAGCGACAACUCCGACAGGUCCCCCUCACCGCGGCCGCGUAAGAACAUCCUGAAGAAGAGCCUCAGCGACAGCGAGACCAAACCGGAGGACGGCCCCGCCGGCGCCCAGCCGCCGCCCAAGAAGCAGCUGUCGCCCAUCAUAGAGGACGCGCCGCCGCGCGGCGGCUACGAGUUCGCGGCCGAUGCGGCUGCCGCCGCCCCCGCCGCUCCCGCCGCCCCCGCCAUGCACAGCAGCCAGGCGCCGGCGCCCCGGCCGCCCGUGACGCGCGGCCGCACCGUCGAGACGCUGGUGCGCCGCCUGUCGCAGGAGACGAAGAGGAAGGCGAAGCCGCCGCGAGGACUCAGCCCGUCGGCGCUGGUCGCGCCCGGCGAGGACCGCCGCCACAACAACAACCUGCCCUUCUCCUACACGGAGCCGCAGCAGCCGCAGCCGCCGCCCGCGGCCUCGGCCGGCGGCGCGGUGGAGGGGCAAGUGAUCUACGCGGAGGUGGUGGUCGGCGGAGGGGGGUCCGGCAAGCAGACGGUGCACACCCAGGUGCCGGUGGCGGCACAGCGCGCCGCGCCGCCGCCGCACGCGGACGCCGACGACGACGACGAGGGCGUCAGCUUCAGCAUGGACUUCGGCGCGCGCCACGAGCUCUCCUCCGCCGCCGACCUCCGCCGCUACCGCCGCGACCGCGACGCGGUCUUCGAGUCCCGCGAGAGCGCCGACGCGUCCGAGCACGCUCUGCCCGGCGGCGGCAAGGCGACCAGCGCCCGCCGCGAGUUCGCCUACAGCGGCGUCUCGCCCGACGGCGGCCUCUACAAGAAGGAGUACGUCGUGCACGAAUCCAGCUCGCGCUACGAGUCCGACUUCGGCCUCGACUCGUCCGGCCGCGGCAGGGCCGACGGCAUGGACUCGCGCCGCAAGGACUUCCUCGUCGAGGGCUCGGGCCGCUACGACGCCGACCACCUGUUCGACCCGCGGCUCAGGAAGAGCUACGACGACGACGACGACGAUUUCGUCCGACGCGAGAAGUACGGCAGCGAGUCGCGGCUGUUCAAGGAGCCGCUGGACGGCGUCGGCGGCUUCUACGGCAGGGACCCCGUCAUCCAGACCAGACUCAUCGACAGCGGCGACCUCAGCUCGCGCAGGGACCGGCUCGAGUCGCGCAUCGAGAGCCAGCGCAAGGAGCGCUUCAGCAGCUACAACAAGAGGGACCUGACCGAGUCCGCCAGGAAGUACGCGACGGACCCGCCGCGCAAGGCUGCGCCCGACGGCCGCUACAGCAACAGGAGGGAAUUCCUCGCCUCGCAGAUAGACUACGCCGACGGCGACGACGUCGACGACGACCACGUGCGCUACGAGAACGACCGCAACCGUCGCAAGAGCGCCGCUUCGACGCGCUACGCGGCGGACCUCUCCGCGAGCGCGACCGCCACCGUCACCAGCAGCGGCUCCUCCAGCAAGAAGGACUUCUUCGCCGACUCGGGCAUCGAGGUGGACUACCGCAAGGAGCCGCGUCGCUACGACGACGUGCAGACGGUGGAGGGCCCGUCGGCCAAGAUCUUCAUCGGCGGCCGCGGGUCGGCGUCGCCGUCGUCGCCCCCGCCUGCGGCCAACGUGACGCGCGUCGACCUGCGCACCGGCGCCACGCCCACGCCGACGGCCACGCCCACGCCGGUGCCCGCCAGCGACGCCGAAGACGACCCGCGCCCCGGCAGGCACUUCUACUCGGCCCGGACCGCCACCGCCGGCGCCACCAGCUUCUCUUCGACGCGGCUGGUGCAGGAGCGGCACAAGAGCAACGACGUGCUGCCCGCCUCCACCGUGCUCAUCAGGCACUAUGCUCCAGCAGAAGACCGUUCGCGGGAACCCUCGCCCAAGCACCGGGAGAGGGAGUUCCGGGACCGAGAGAAGGACAGGGAGCGAGAGCGAGAGCGCGAACGAGACAGGGGCCGCGAUCGCGACCGCGAUCGUGAGCGUGAUCGCGAGCGCGGCAGCAGGGAGGUGCGCGAGCGGCGGGAGCACAGUGGCAGCACAGCGGCGACCGCGCAGGCGACGACCACGCGGACGCUGAGCCGCACGCAGAAGGAGCAGCGCGCCUCGGAGAAGCUGAUCCGCGUGGAGCGGCUGGCGCACGGGCCCGAGGCCAGCGACCUCGACUACGACGACCGCCACUCGCCGCAGCGCUCCGCCCUCGACGACACCGACGUCGACGACCGCCACUACCCGCAGCAGCAGCGCAGGCGGCGGGACCGCGACCGGGAGGACGACGACGGCGACGACGAGGCCGAGGAGCAGCGGCGCGCGCGCAAGAAGAAGCCGUCCAAGAAGGCCGCCGACGCCCGGCUGCUGGAGGCGGAGGAGGAGGCGCGCGAGUCGGAGGCGGAGGACGCGCGCCGCGCCGACACCAUCAAGCGCGGCGGCACCCUGAGGGCCGAGGACCAGCGCAAGAAGGGACCCGCGCCCGCGCCGCCGCCGCAGGACUCCAGGAAGAAGGAGAAGAAGAAGCAGGGCUCGUCCGCCAUGGACAAGGUGAAGCAGCUGUUCGGCGGCUCGUCCAAGAAGGACAAGAAGAAGAAGAAGGACAAGGAGAAGGGCCAGAAGGAGGAGGCGGACAGGAAGAGGCGCGACGAAGACGAGGACGGCGAGGAGCGGGACCCGGUGGCGGCGCGCUACACCGAGUACCGCGGCGACCGCCUGCUCGACACCGACGAGGAGACGCUGCGCGCCACGCCGCACUCCAUGCGCCGCCGCCCCAGCACCGACGCCGACCUCUCCUCGCAGACGCUGAAGUCGGAGCAGGUGGCGGGCAGCAGGCAGCGGCUGGCCACGCCCAGUCCGGCGGCGACCCCCAGCCCCGCCGUACUGCGCCACACCAGGGACAGAGACAGAGACAGAGACAGGGAGGCCGGCUGGUUCAAGUCGCUCGACAGGCUCACCAAGAAGAGCCGCGCGCGCGACAAGUCUGACAUGGAGACGACAGACGCCGGGGUGACGGAGGACGAGACGUCGCCGCGGCACCACUCGACUCCCGGCGGGGGCGGCAAGAGCCUGCGCUUCUUCGGUGACACGGACGCCGAGUCGGUCAUCUCCAUCCCGCCGCCGGCUGCGCCUCUCAGCCGCCGCUAUAAGACCAACAGCGCGCUGCAGGCAAGCAGCAAGACUCUGCAGGUGCCGACCAGCACCGGCGCGCCGCCUUCCGGAACCCUGAAGGCGGGCGGCGAGCGGCGACACCACCGUAGCGCCGGCGACGUGGCCACCUCGUCGGCGGAGUCCACCACCGAGGGCGACUCCAGCCAGCAGUCGCAGCGCUCCGUCGUCUACCUGCACGCCGCCACAGUGGGCGACAUCCCGGGCCCCCGGUCACACGCCACGGCCCGCCGCGCGCAGAGCCGCGAGGAGCUGUCCUCGGUGACGUCAUCGCAGCUGCAGCCGCAGACCAAGACCAUCUCGCGGUCGAUCUCGGUGCUGGCUCCGUGGCGGCCCAAGCACUACCGCGAGGGACUCGAGGUGCACUACACGAACGAGGACAACAACCGCAACUACAUCAAGAACGGGCGGCCGCCCAAGGCGCCGUCCUCGGGCUCGCAGCACCGGCAGGCCCCCGCGGGGUCCGGUGCCACCACCAGCCGCGCCGUAUCGCGGCGGAGGAGCGGGGUCGCCGACGCCGCCUCCAAGAUCCACGCCAAGCAGAAGGUCGCCAAGGCCGUGUCCGUCGAGUCGCUCAGCCACAAGAACGGGGCCAGUGGGGGCGUGAGGCACACCCUCGAAAUGCGCAACUCCGCCAAGAAGAGGGCGGCAGGUGGCGGCGGUCUGGGACCCGCCGGCUCGGUGGAGUCCCUGAGCCGCCACAGCGACCACAGCAAUGCGCGCCUCCGAGGCAAGGAGAGGUCUUCCGCCUCCGGGAAGAACUCUGCCCUCAAUGCUUCCGCCGUGGAGCUCAGUACUGCCGACAGCAGCAGCCGAGGCUACAAGAAUUCCACCCACAAGAAGGACGCGGACAGGACGAAAGACUCUGGCAAAGUUUCGAGGUCGGCUUCGAUGCCGAAGGACACCAGGGUGACGGCCGGGUGGUUCAAACUCAGAAAUAAGAAGCAAGGGACCUGAAAGAAUCGUCACAUCACGCCCACCGAACGCGUACGCGUGGAGGUCUCGAGUUGUACCGCGCCUCGACUUCCGGCUUUAGUGCGUGCGAGAAAUGUGUGAGGUUGCAGGUUGGACCGUAACUACCACUCGUAACAGACCUUAAUCUCUUCACAACUGACGAUACUAAACUUGCACAGCUGGAGGUCGGAAAUAAUUGUGCCAUUUUGUGGAAUAUUCGUUUCAGCAUUUGUACAGCCAUUUGCUUUCUAAUUACCUAUGUGGUUAUAAUAACUAGUUAAGUAGUCCCUGAACAUAGUGUGCCGCCCCAAUCUUAUCCGGCCUCGUUUUCGUAUAGAUUAACGAAUACAACUGCUGCUCCUCUAUAUUAACAAGUGUUAACACACCUACAGUGGUGGUAAAUUCAGAUAACUGAGCAGUAAUUAAAUGAAAUACUAAUGCAGUAAACUUCUCAUGUACUGUACUUAACAUUACAGGUACACUCCUAACAGUAUGAAAGUUAUUCUUUGUUCUCUCAGAAUUUAGCGACAUGUUAAUGCUCUGAGACGAGUAAGUUGCUAUUCUUGUAAAUAGAACCUCAUUCAUUCCUCAUUGUGAAUAUUGCUCUUCAUUGCUAGCCAGUUACGUCAUUCUUGGGAUGACAAUGUCUCCAGUUUGUGCAGUGCCACAUUUACAAUUAUCAUGUCAGUUCACCUCGCCCUGAUCCACAAUGAUUACUGCUGUGGACUUGUAGAAACUUCACACCCAUAAUUACUGGAAAAGACUGUAAAGUGAAUUAUUUUGCUAGUUAUACACACAGGCACAUGCCCACACGACAAACAUACACUUCACGACAUCAGCAACUCUUAUGGCACGUUCUGAAAUCCCAUUGUACAAAUGAGAGUUCUGCAGCUUCUUUUCUUAAGUAAUUUUGUAGUUUUUAUCAUUUUCGCCCAAAAAUGAUCAUUUUUUGUUUACCAUUAAUAUUCGAAUCAAUAACUCCCAAAAUCAUACGUUGACAUGAAUUAAAGUAAGUUUGAAUGUUUGUUUCUGACACAGAAACACACUUGCACAAACAAAUUAAAGAACAUUUAGCAACUAUGUGGCAUAAACAGCCACUCCCUCUUUUAGAUCACACUGUCUAAUACCUGAGUGUCUGUAGUUGAUGGCAGUGCAACUGGAGGUUACACAGAUCAGUCAAGAUCCUGAGUUAGAGCCAGUAGUAUUGGGAACAAGAUCCCAUGUGGACCUGAGAACCAAGCAAGUAUUCACUAUUCAUGGUAAAUUUCCACAGAGCCAAUUUUAUCCUGCAGUGUGAGAUGUGCUUAUAAAGUACUGUGUCCACACACAAUUACUAACUACAACUGAAAAUUAAAAAACUGUGUGACUGACCCGCGUGUGUGUGAGUGACACACACAGAGCGAGAGAGAGAGAGAGAGAGAGAGAGAGAGAGAGAGAGAGAACAUAUUGUCUGCUAAAACUGCCAUAUCAAUAUGGAUCAGUGGCACAGAAUUCUAUUAAUACAGUCAGUUAAGACUAACAGAAAACUUUUAAAAUUGUCAUUUCUAAUAGAAAAUGUAAAAAAUGUCAUCUACCUUACCUGUACAUUUGAAUUUUUGUUAAGAGUGUGUAACAUGGAGUCCUGUGUUUUUGACAAAAGUGCAUUAAAGUACUGACACAUA